GCCGCCGCCGCGCCGCGGCUUGAGGGCGGGAGGCUGGGGGAGGGUAGCGGAGCCGGCGCCGCCGCCAUGUUGGGUCUGAGGCGGCUGCUGUAGGCGCCGACGGAGCGAGCGGACUUGAGGAGCGGCGACAGCGACGUGGGAUCUGCCUCUCUGCGAGCGGCCGGGAGCGGCGGCGGCGGCGGCGCCAUGAGCGGGGGCACCCCUUACAUCGGCAGCAAGAUCAGCCUUAUCUCCAAGGCGGAGAUCCGCUACGAGGGCAUCCUCUACACCAUCGACACCGAGAACUCCACCGUAGCUCUCGCCAAAGUUCGAUCCUUUGGUACAGAAGACAGACCAACAGAUCGUCCAAUACCACCUCGUGAUGAAGUCUUUGAAUACAUCAUAUUCCGUGGGAGUGAUAUUAAAGACCUCACUGUUUGUGAGCCACCAAAACCACAAUGUUCUUUGCCUCAGGACCCAGCUAUCGUUCAGUCUUCACUAGGCUCAUCUACUUCUUCAUUCCAGUCAGUGGGUUCCUAUGGACCUUUUGGCAGGAUGUCGACAUACAGUCAGUUCAGUCCAAGUUCAUUAGUGGGGCAGCAGUUUGGUGCUGUUGGUGUUGCUGGAAGCUCUUUGACAUCCUUUGGAACAGAAACAUCAAACAGUGGUACCCUAUCCCAAAGUAGUGCAGUUGGUUCUGCCUUUACACAGGAUACAAGAUCUCUAAAAACACAGUUAUCUCAAGGUCGUUCAAGCCCUCAGUUAGACCCUUUGAGAAAAAGCCCAACCAUGGAACAAGCAGUACAGACCGCCUCGGCCCACUUACCUGCUCCAGCACCUGUUGGGAGGAGGAGCCCUGUAUCAACCAGGCCUUUACCAUCUACCAGCCAAAAAGCAAUAGAGAAUCAAGAGCACAGGCGAGCUGAAGUACACAAAGUUUCAAGACCAGAAAAUGAGCAACUCAGAAAUGAUAGCAAGAGACAAAUCGUUCCAGGUGCUCCUUCAGCUCCAAGAAGAGGACGUGGGGGUCAUCGAGGUGGCAGGGGACGAUUUGGUAUCCGACGAGAUGGUCCAAUGAAGUUUGAGAAAGACUUUGACUUUGAAAGUGCGAAUGCACAAUUUAACAAGGAGGAAAUUGACAGAGAGUUUCAUAAUAAACUUAAAUUGAAAGAAGAUAAACUUGAGAAGCAGGAAAAGCCUGUAAAUGGUGAAGAUAAAGGAGACUCAGGAGUUGAUACCCAAAACAGUGAAGGAAAUGCAGAUGAAGAAGAUCCACUUGGACCUAAUUGCUACUAUGAUAAAACCAAAUCCUUCUUUGAUAAUAUUUCUUGUGAUGAUAAUAGAGAACGGAGACCAACCUGGGCUGAGGAAAGAAGAUUAAAUGCCGAAACAUUUGGAAUCCCACUUCGUCCAAACCGUGGCCGUGGCGGUUACAGAGGCAGAGGAGGUCUUGGUUUCCGUGGUGGCCGAGGGCGUGGUGGUGGCAGAGGUGGUACCUUCACUACCCCUCGAGGAUUUCGUGGUGGAUUCAGAGGAGGUCGUGGGGGCAGGGAGUUUGCAGAUUUUGAAUACAGAAAAACCACAGCUUUUGGACCCUAAAAUAGGUCUGGAUUGAUCGUACAGCUUUCUGAAAGAAAGACAACAAAGUUGCUGCAUAGUCUACAGACAAGUCUUUGAAAGUAGGUGAAUUUCUAGCUCUUCAUGGUCCUGAGAAUUGGUUCCGGUCUUUGAGAAGAAGGAAGAGGUGAAUCCGCUGUAUAUUUGUCACCAGCACUGGGUGUUUGUUUGUGUGUUUUUUUCUGCUUAAUUUCAAAGAUCCAAUGCAUUUACUUUGGGGGGGAGGGAGGGGGCGGGAAGGCUCAUCUUAAAAAAUGAGCAUUAAAUAUAUUUGGAAUAGCAGAAGGUUAAGUAAUUUCUUAUGUAUAGUUAAACUACAACAGUACUUCAGUGGGACUUAUAAGUAUUUUUUCAUCACUGAAAGGAUUUUUCUUAUCACUAAAUUGUAUUUGGCAAUGAUUGUAAGUUGCCUGCAGAUAGGGCCGUGAUACUGUGUUUUGAGCCACAGAAGGUUGUGUGUGUGUGUGUGUGUGUGUGUGUGUGUGUGUGUGUGUGUGUGUAUCUUUCUCUCUUUGUUUCUUUCUUUUUGGAAAUCCUGUAAUAUCCCUUUUGAGGUAGCUUAUUUCGUCAAUUAAUUAGGGUGCUGGAUGGUAGAGAAUUUUGUCAGUCAACUAUGUAAACACAGUAAAUACUGUUUCUUAGGCAAAGGUAACUUUUUUAUAUAGUUGUAAAAUUCCAUUAUAUUCCAUUGCCAAAGAAACAUUAAGAACUUUGUAUAGCUGUAUAAAAAGCAACUAAUUUUUUAAAGAAUAAACAUUUUAAAGUCAGCAAACAUACUGUGUCCUUGCAGAAGUUGAUGUGCUGAGGAGCAGAGCUAUGGGUGGUGGGUCUUUUUUCAUAGUUUUCCAGGCUUGAGAUUUCUGAUUUUGAUUUUUUUUUUUUUUUUUUUAAUGUUUGGAACACAAAUGAAGAUUUGAUACAUUUCUUCCAUUACCUGAAAAGGAUAAAUUGCUCAUACUCAUUGUAAGAACUUCAUUUUAUAACAAAUGGCAUAUCACAGGAUUUGUCCAAAUAAUAAAUAUUUUCAGUAUAUGAAUGUAAAUAAUCAUAGAUAAGAAUGUACUUAGCUGUAUUUUCAAAUAAGCACCCUCCCCUUUUUUAAGACAAUAAAACUGGGCAUCAAUUAACCUGUUCUUCCAGAUAUGCCUGGAAUUUUAUUGUAAUACCUUGAUUCAUUCCAUUAUAUUUCAAGAGGAUUCAGAGUGUUAGAUAUUAUUUUGGCAACCUGUAAGAUAUCCUAACACUGGUCCUUGGGCCCGUGGCCCACAAAUGACUCAGUAAUAGAGUUCAUUGCUAAUUAUAAAUCACUAGUAAAUCUUUUUGAUAUUUUAAGCUAUAGUGGGGGAAAAAAUAUGGCCAUUUUUGUGUUUUUAUGAAGGCCAUAGAAUAAAGGGAUCCAAAGAUUUAAAUAUUUUUAUCUAUUUUGAUUUUUGUUAACUUUGUCCUUAAAGUAUUCAAUAGUGAUAAAGAUGUGGAAAACUGCACUGUAGGGGAAUUGGAAUAUUAAAGAUGGUUGAUAUUUUUAAUUUUAAUUUUAUAUCUUUUGUAUAGCUACACGGAAAUGUUUUGUAAUUUGGUUUCGUUACUGAGGUCCAGUUCUUGCCAGCCAUAGUUUAGGUAAUAUUGCUUAAUACUGUUUGCUUGCAUGUUAACAACAAAACCUUUUGGAGGACCCACAAAUCAUGAUAUUGAACACAUUUCUGAAGCAUUCUGAACAUCAAAGCAAAUGCUAUGACAGUACCUAUGUAGAUUGUUUGAGAUGUCCCGGGCCAAUUCCAAGAAAAGCUGUAAAUACCAGCUCUACAUGCUUUGAAAGUAUGCAUUCGUGUGUUUUCCAAGGCCUCUGGGUCACUGACUAAGGCAUUUUUUGCCCCAGUAAAAACUGGCCGCAUGGCAUACCUGCAGUGCACCUCACAAUAUUAAAGCAAGGUUUUUAUUCUAAGACAGAAUAAAACUGGUAAAUAAAAAAUGUUCGUCAAAGUUCUUUCUCUUAAAAUAAUAAUGUCAUAAUAGAGAGAAACAAUGAAAGACAUCUUUUAAGUAUAAGAAUGGAGUUAUGGUUAUGUUUAUAUUCUCUAAAAUAACUAAAUUAAUUUCCAACACUUUUCCUAAGACUAAUUUAUUGUUAUAGGUAAAGCUAGAAGCUCUGUUCUCCCCCACUAGAGUGUGGAGUGUUCUUGAGUUACAGUCCCUAUCUUGAGAAGACUAAGCCAGCCAGGCACAGGCCAGGCUGGAAGCCUCAGGCUAAAAUGCUUCCUCUGUGGGCAGGCAAGUGUGAAAGAGAAGAGAGGGAAGGCUGACUCCUAAACUCAUUUGUUGGAUAGACCAUUUCUUCCCCCCGAAAAGCAGGACUUAUUGUAGGGGGUAGGGAGAGAGGUCAGGAAUGUUAAUCCAGCUCAGUGGCUCUUAAUCACGGAUUGAACUGAUAACCAGAGAGCAUUUAGAGGAGUAUGAGGGGAUGUGUUUUGGUUGUCACAGUGACCAGGGACCACCACUGGCAUUUAAGAGCAAGGGCCAAGGAUUGCAAAAUCCUACACCAUACUGGACAAUGCCACAUAGUCAGCUAUCCAGCCCAAAGUCCAACGGUGACCCUUCCAUUCUGAGAAACACUGGCUGAGUUCCCUCCACAUGAAAAGACAGUGAGUAGGGAAUUCAUUCUUCUCCCUUCCCCAAAAUCUUUAAAAACGUUUACUGAAAACAUGGUCUUCACAUGGACUAUGAAAGAUCGAGGUAUAAAGGGACCUUACUUCCAGUGGCACAAUGUUUUGGAAACCCAUUAUCACAGGAAUUACCACUUCAUCCUGGUCUCUUUCAAGAAAUGUUCACAAAUCUCUUCUCCAAAUCAGCUGAGGAACAUUUUAAAGUACAAAUUCCCAUGCCCACAUCUGGAGAGUCUGAGUCCGAAGUUCUACAGAGGAGCCUGGGCAUCAGGCUAUGUCCCCCAGGUAGUUCUGAUCACAGGAUUAGAAAAACAGCUUUAAAACAGCACAGCCAGAGGCACCUACCUGGGUAGCUCAUUCAGUUGAGUGUCCAAGUCUUGAUCUUGGUUCAGGUCUUGAUCUCAGGGUCAUAAGUUCAAGCCCCAUGUUGGGCUUUUGCACUGGGUGUGGAGCCUACUUAAUUAAAAAACCAAACAAACAAACAAACAAAUAUAUAUAUAUAUUUACUCGCACACAUACUCACACACAUAUGCACACAGCACAGCUCAUCUAAUCCAGCCCCCUCCUUAAAGGGCCUUGGUAAAGUUUUCACAGUAGGAUUAUUUUACCAUUUCUCCAUCCUCUCAAAUCUAGUACAUCUUGGUUGUAACUGGGGCAGGAAGAGGGGGGAAGGACUAAGAGUCAGGAGGGAGCAUUUCUGCAGGACAGAAUCCAGGGAAAAACAGGGAGACAGAGACUCAAGUUUCCUAUGGGUUUGGCUGAUUUGAGUGCUGAGACUUGGUUUUUUAUUCCUAGCAUACAGGAAAAGGGUGUGGGUUGUUUCUGUGUCUCAGUUUUACAUGGCUGUUGUCCCUGUCUCUGUGGGUUAUCUGUCUGAAAGAGAAGCUGCACCUUUCGCAAGGCCAUGCUAAUCACUCAGAUCUAAUUAUGUCCAGAUUCUAGGAUCCCCCUGCCCUAUUAUUAGUUCAGAGCUGGUUUAAUUUGUGACUGUGGGGAGAGGUCACAGGAUAGAGUAAGCAAGGUGAGUGAUCUCUCUUUAGGGCCUUACGUGUCACCAAUUUGCUUACUUAAACCAUUUUGACUGUGGGUUUGUUUUUUGUUUUUUAAUUAUUUUUGAGAGAGAGAGAGAACACACGCAGGAGUGGGGGAAGAGCAGAGAGAGAGAGAAACAGAAUCCGAAGCAGGCUCCAGGCUCUGAGCUGUCAGCACAGAGCCCGACGCAGGGCUCGAACUCAUGAGCCGUGAGAUCAUGACCUGAGCUGAAGUUGGAUGCUUAACCAACUGAACCACCCAGGAGCCCCUUGACUGUGUUUUUAAAAGACAACAGGUUUUAUUUGUACAUUGGAAGCCAAUAGGGAAGUAAAGUAGCACCAUUAAUCUGUGAAUCUAAGAUACUAAAUCAGGCUUUGCUCAGAGCAGACUGCCCUAGCUUCUCCCAAGAUGGAGACACAGGGAUAACUUCUUGGAAGAGGUAUUCCCUGACUAGCAAGGAGUUGGUCAAGUUAGGGAAGCAAGGGAGGUGUAGCUUUGAGCAGCAGGGGCUUGGCGGCCCGUGGCAGCCAGGCAGCCAGGUAGUGUGUGCACUGGGUAGCUAGAGGUGCAGGUCCCAGGCAUUGCUCUUGGGGUAAUCCCAAACUUCUGAGGAGGUGUGAUGGCAAAGGUUCUUCCUGUAUUUUUCAGAGCCAGUGUUAGUAAAAGCAAGUUUGUGGUUUUGAGACAUUUAUAAAUCUGGCUUCAGGAGCACGUGGUGAGACUAUGAAUCUAAUGUGGUUUCUGUUCUCAGUGAUGGUGCAGAGCUAUGAGCCAGUGGUGUGGGUGUCCUUUAAAUUUCAGGUCGGUUCAUAUUUAACGAACUUGGCUGACUGAUUAAAAUGUUUUCAGGUUUAGCUCACAAACGGAUCAGAAUAGACCUGAAUCUAAUUCUAGUUCAUAAUGAAUGUUGAUUUUAAGGAAAUGCUUUAAUGUGCACUGAUGUCCAUGUUGUGGUUUAUAAAGAAACAAAGUAGCACUAUGAGGCAAAAGCAUAUUUCAGUUCAAUAAUAAGGCUUUCUUAAAGUGACUCUCCCGUUUAGGAAGUCUUGCUUUUGCCCCCAGACUGAAGAGUAGUCUGAGAGUGCAAGGAAAGAGCAAAGAAUACCAGUCUUGAGGGAGUGUGAGAAACUUGGGCCCAGGCGACAUUGUGAUGAAUUCCAGUGAAUGGUUUUCAGUCCUCCCGGUACAGAGGACAGGAACAUGUUUACUAGAUGUCUGGAGUGUGCCCCUGUAAUCCUAGUGCUCACCUAAUCCGGGUAAUCCUCCAGUGCUAGCCUCACAUAGGAUUGCUGAUGAGAAUGCAGAUCCCAACAUUGCAGUUCAGGGUUUUGCUUGUGCCGAAAUUGUUUUGUAAAUUUUUUUCUUUAUGGGUUAGUUGGGUGUUGGUUAUCACUUGCUCCCUCCCCAGUGUUUAGUAGCAUUGCUUUGUCCAGGGUGGGUAUGUGGAACCUUGCAGGUUGCAGUUUAUAAAAUGGAAUUAGGUGUUGUUUUGUUUUAUGUCUAUAAAAGUAAUACAUUUAAAAAGAUUGUAGGCAGUAUGGGGCACCUGGCUGGCUCAGUUGGUAGAGCAUGCAACUCUUGAACUUGGGGUUGUGAGUUCAAGCCCCGUGCUGGGCUUACUUAAAAAAAUAAAAAAAGAAAGAAUGCAGGCAGUAUGGAAAUGGUUUCUAAAAAUAGGUAAAGGAAAAGAAGAAAAGAAAAUUUACAGUCCCACCACCCAGAGCUAACCAUCAUCAACACUAUUUGGGCAUGUUCUGCCUGGCAUUAUUCUACAGCCAUGUGCUUUUCAGCAAAAAUGGAUUCAUAGUGUACGUACUAUGGUGAAACUUGCUGUUGUCACUUAAUAUAUUGAGCAGUACUGUUUUAGUUUUGAAGUAUAAUAUACACACAGAAUAGUAUAUGUAUCAGUAAUUGUAAAUUGCACCCAGCUCAAGAUUCAGAGUAUUAAUAUUUCCCCAUAAGCCCCCCUACAGCUCCCUUCCAGUAGCCCCUUGCCCCCUCAGGAGUAACUACUAUCCUGACUUCUACCAGCAUAGAUGGCUUUUGCUUUUUUGUGUUCUUUAUAUAAAUGGAAUUAUACAGUAUGUAUACUCUUUUUGUGCUUAGCUUCUUUGCUCAACAUUGUGGGAUUAGUCCAUAUUGUUGCAUUUGGCUGUGAGGUUUUCAUUGCAGCAUGAUACUCCAUUGUGUUAACAGACCACUGUUUAGCCAUUCUACCAUUGAUACUACAUUUGGGUGAUUUCUAGCUUUUGAUUGUUAAAAUAAUGCUAGCACUGCUUUUCCUCUGCAAGAGAAGGCAGAGCUGGAGUAGGUGAGUGGAGCACUGAUUUACCUUCUAGUGGACUUAGAGUAUGAUGAAAGAUGGUAGUGCCCAGCUAUGGUGCCACUCCACACCAGCACACUGAUUUGUUACUAACCAUAAAGUACCAGAAAACCCUGAUGUACUAUAGAUGUAGACAUAGAUAGAUGUUUAUAUUAGAGCAGAUGCAGGGUUUAUCCUCCUCUGUGCAUAGCCUUUGUCCGUUAAGGACACUGCUUCCCAAAGCAACCUUCCCAUGGGGACACUAGAGUAUUUCUUGCCCUGCAAACCAGUGUUCAGGAUGUGAUCUUGGUGUCCUUGUUCUUCCACUCCUGGUUGAAACCCCUCCUUAUUUUAUUGAGGCUUAUGUGAUCAUCUCACCGUCUGAUUACUACCCAUUCUCUUGAAAAAUCUGUCACUUGUCUUCCCCUUCCUCUACAUUUCUCUCCUUCCAAGUGACCAGCUUCAGUGUGGUUUACCCAUCUGUAUUGAGAGACCCCAGGAUAAUCAUAAUCAUGGCUGUGAUUUCUUAACAUCAAAAGGAUGCAAAGCAAAAUUAGCAAAGGGAAAAGACACAUAGGCAAAGUCUGGAGGAAACCAGGCUCAAACUUUCAGAGGGGAUUUUGAACUGAAAUCACACAGGAUGUAUUUCAUUCCCCCAGCAACAAGUUGUUAGAACACGUGAGGAAUGUAUCAGGGAAGCUCAUUAGAGACUUGGUGUCCAUGAUUUUGAUUGGGGACUGGCUAUGUAAGCACCAUCUGCUUGGCACAUACCCAAGUCCCAGAAUGCCAGAAGUAAAGCACAAUUAAACCAUAUUGAUUGUCCACACAGUUUAGGCACGGUGAGCUACUCUUACCAGUUCUGGGAAUGGUGGAAACCCUCCUGAAAUCCAAGUUUCCAGUUUCCAUGUAUCAGUGAAGGGCCAACUUGUAAGCAGGCCUUAUAAAGGAUAGCAGUCAGGCCUGCUAUGUUAACUCUCCUGGGCCCAUCCCACACGCUGGUUCCUGUUCCUUGACCUGUGACCUUUUCCUCUUAUCCUCCAUCUCCCACCCAAAGCUGUGGACAAACCCGGACCUUGUACAUCAACAUCAGUUGCGUCACUUCUGAAUCAUGGAUUUAGACAACCACACUGAUCUUCCAACUGGCUUAGUCAGGAAAUAACUGUAGGGGCACCUGGCUGGUUCAGUCAGCCAUCAUGUGACUGUUGAUCUCAGAGUUGUGAGUUAGAGCCCCACAUGGGGUGUAGAGAUUACUUAAAAAAAUAAAAUAUUUAAUAAAAAAUUAAAAAAUAUAUAUACAGUGACCUAACCACUCCCUUGCUCAGUAACUGUUCUUAGGCUGGUGCAAAUGUCCAGGUCCAAGAUCUUUCUACUUUGGAUUCAUAUAGCUCCCUCCUUUCUUUUGCUUUCCCCACCACCAUCUCCAGCCAGCCUAGACUCCACGAUCCAUCAUUUAUCUUGCAAAUACCCUAAAUUUCCCUCCUCCUUUCCUGAGCUUCUUAUGGUCCUGCCUAAAGGAACUUCUACUCUGAAAGCAUCCAUCUUUAACAUUGUUAGUAUUCACCCAGAGGGUUGAGUCCUGCGGAAGAGAAUCACAAUUGAGUAAAUUAGUGCCACUGUAAAUCUCAUUACCACUUUCUACUGGGCUCUCAGCAUUGCCAGCAAAACGGGGUACUUUUCUUUAAUCACCUUUUUACAGUCAACAAAAGGCCUUGCCAUCUAUUUCAAAGAGAAAUUAGAGGACAUGAUGGAAACUACUCCAGAUACUUACCACACUCUCAACCAACUCCAUCUGUAUCCAGUCUUUUCCUGGCGGCCCUAUAAAAAAAGAAAAAACAAAAAACACCUAUCAACAAACUGCAUGUGCUCUGGCUCCCUAACUCCUAUCAUUCCAGACAUAAAAUAUUGAUUUACCUUACUUCUUUCUCUGCCUGUAUCUUCAACAUCUUUCUUGAUAAGGGCUCCUUUCAUUUGUAUUUAAUUGUAUUAGCAUACUAUAUCCUAUUAAUGUGUUAAUAUUCAUAUAUAUUAAUAUAUAAUUGUGAAUAUGUAGCAUAUUUAUUGUUACUCCUUUUUUUAAAGAAAUUGAUGCUUGAACGUGGAUGGAACUGAAGGGUAUUAUGCUAAGUGAAAUAAGUCAGAGAAAGACAGAUACAUGUUUUCACUCACGUGGAACUUGAGGAACUUAACAGAAGACCAUGGGGGAAAGGAAGGGGGGAAAUAGUUACAAACAGAGAGGGAGGGAGGCAGACAAUAAGAGAAUCUUAAAUACAGAGAAUAAACAGAGUUGGGGGGGGUGGGGGUGAGGGGAAUGGGUGAUGGGCAUUGAGGAGGGCACUUGUGGGGAUGAGUACUGGGUGUUGUAUGUAAGCGAUGAAUCACAGGACUCUACCCCCAAAACCAAGAGCACACUGUAUGCACUAUGUUAGCCAACUUGACAAUAAAUUAUAUUAAAAAAUAAAAAUAAAUAGAAAGAAAGAAAAUAAAUUUAUACUUGAAUUCUACAUCCACCCAGCCCCUACCUACUUCUUUAACUGACAAGAUGCCCAAUCUCCCUUUCACUUAACCCACUUGAUCUACUCCACUAAAACAGUUUUUGGUAAGAUCACCAUUGAUCUCUAGUGAGCCUUUCCAGUUUUCCUUUCAUACUUGCUUUACAGAAGUGUUGUGUACACCUGAACUCUUCCUUCUUGAAGUAUUCUUAUCUUCCUGGCUGCCAUAUUAUCUGCUCCUCCUACCUUCUUCAGUGGCUACUCCUCAGUCUCUUACCGGAUCCUCCACCACCCCAUUUUGAAAUAACAGUGCUCCUUAGAGUUUUACUUUGCCUUUUUUCUGUUUUUUAAGCUGCAUUCUCUCUGGCCUCAGCUUCUAUGGCCUUUAUAUGAAGUUAUUCUCAGAUUCACAUACCUGGUAUAGAUCUCUUUUCUGAGUCUAGAUCAGACUUCUUGUUACCUGUACUUGAAGGUCUUAAUAAUAGCCUGUCACAUUCAGUGUCCCCAAACCGAAGUGAUCUCCCCUCUACUUUUCUUCCAGUGUUCUUGAUCCCAGUAUGUAGCAGUGCCAGCUACUAACCUGCAUGCCAGAAAUCUGGCAGUCAUCUUUGACACUCCCAUUUUCCUUCAGUUCUGUACCACCAUCACACCCAUUACCAAGUCCUGUCAACUCUACUUCCUAAUACCUCUUUAAAAAAAAAAUUGUUUUGAUAAGAGGUAUGGGUGUGUGUGCAUGCGCGUGCACACGUAUGUGUUUUGGUUUAAAUCAGAAAGGAUUUUAAUGAAAGGCAGUAAUCAUGCUCACAGUCUUAUGCCUUCCUACCUCUGGUCUUCUGUUUUUAGUUUUGCUGAUUUUCUAUGGAAAAUGGGAAAGAAUUUGUUUAUUCAACAAAUAUUUAUUGAGUCCUUACUGUGGAAGAGAUACAGUUGCAAUUGCAGAGUAAGCAGCAGUGAACAAAACAAACCUGGCCCUUAUUGGGGCUUGUUUUCUAUUGUGAAAAGACAGAAUAAAUGAAUAAAAUAUGUAAUAUGUUAAGAUGAUUAAGUGCUAUGAAGAAAAGAGCUAAGAAAAGGUACAUGGACUAGAGGAGGCAUUGCUGCUUCCAAUUUAAAAUAGGUUGGGGGGGGGGGGGUGCCUGGCUGGCCUAGUCAAUGGAACAUGCAACUCUUGAUAUCAGGGUUGUGAGUUUGAGCCCCACAUUGGGUGUAGAGAUUAAUUAAAAGUCUUUUAAGUAGAUAUGGGGCCCCUGGCCAGUUAAGCAUCCGACUUCAGCUCAGGUCAUGGUCUCACAGAUCAUGAGUUCAAGCCCUGCAUCAGGCUCCAUGGUGAUGGCGCAGAACCUGCUUAGGCUUCUCUCUCUCUUCUCCUCCACGCACUCAUUCUCUCUCUCUCUC